UGUAGUAAUCAGCGUUGAAUAUUUUACAUAUUCUCAAGUCAUUAAAGUACAGCUAAAAUUCUCUUUAACCCUAACAUCUGCACUCUCUUUCUUAUCUCAAUAUAAUUGGGUAGUUUAGUAACAUGUUUUACUGGAUAUUUAAUAAUCGUUUUCUAAAGUGCUGUAUUUAUCUGUCACAUACCUUUACCAUCCUCAGGUUAUAGUUUAUCGUCUAUGUGUUAUUCGAGAAUAAUGAUUGGUUGUUCAAGUUUAUUUGUACGUUGACUUGAGUUAUUAUAAUUACUAUUUUUUUUCGAAUCAGACACCCUUUUCAUUCAUUCUAACUUUUUCAUUUUUUUUUCCUAUAAUUGAAUUUCAAGCAGUAAAUACUAAUGGAAACAGAAGGAUUGGAAAACGAAUUAAUUCAAUCAAUUCGACCUAGUUUAAAUGAAUUAUUACGAAUAUGGGAUUAUGUGGGUUAUAAUAAAUUGGAACGUUCACAACGUCUAAAACAUUUUGUUCAAAAACUUGAAACUGUUUUAUGCGAAGUAAUUAAAGAAGAGAAUUCUGCACGUCUUAUGAUGGAACAAAAAAUUGAAUUAAGACGUAGAGAAAUCGCUGAUAUGUGUCAACAAUUAGGUUUGGCACCAUUCCUACCUGAACGUGGACUUACUUCCAGUGAAUUAAUGAGAUCAUUGGAUGAAAAAGCGGAAGAAUUAAUUCAGCAAAAAAGUGCCCGAUGUGAACGUUAUUGUUGGUUACGAUCGAAGAUAUUACAUUUAGAUAAUUUAUUGGGUGGUGACCAAAUAUCGGAUAUUACAAAACAUAAGCUUGAUAUAGAUUUUCACACUACCUUCCCACCGAUUAUAAAAUUUUUUGGACAAUCGAAUUAUCCUUCGCUAAUUUCGUCUAUUCAAACAUUACCAGAUCAAAUAAAUAUUGAAAAGCUUACUAAAAUUUAUGAAGAACUACAAUCAAUUUAUACACCUUUAGCUAAUCAACACGCUGCACUUCGUGAAGAUAUUGCUCGUGUCGCAGCUGAUAUUUUCUAUCAACCACAAUCAGAUAAAGAGGCUGAAAUUUUAACGAUUGUUGGAUUAAAACACUUAUGCAAAAAUGGUAAUUCAAUUUCAACUCCUGGUGUAGUCAGACGAGCUAAUGAUGAAACAAAUUGUGUUAUGCCUAUAUCUACACCUAGUGAAAACUCAGAAGUCACUACAAAUGGUUUAGAUGAUAAUCAUGAUACAUAUGAACCUGUUGUAAAUAAAGAGAUACUUAGAUGGUUAACUGAUUGGCGAUUAAGAUUAGUCAAAGAGAAAGCUCGUUUAGUUGGUACCUGCGAAGAAUUAAGAGCUUAUCUGCUACAAAUGUGGAAACGAUUAGAUAAACCGGAAUCAGAACAAAAAGAAUUCCUGGAAAUGCAUUCUGGUUACAAACCCGAAACACUGGAAGCACUUCAGGAAGAAGUUGAUCGGUGCCAACAAAUGAAAUGGGAAAAUAUGCAAACAUAUUUAACUCGUCUUGAAAGUGAAGCUCUACGAUUGGCUAGUUUAUGUUGUGUAGAUGAGAAAAUUAUUCAACUACCAAAUGACAGCGAUAAACAAGAUCCAGAAAUAUUAAUUAAUCACUUAGAGACUAUAUUAGAACAAUUAAACCAAACCUAUUAUUUAUAUCGUCCUGUCUAUGAAUGUAUUGCAGUAUAUGAAUCGUCUUGGAAACAAUUAAUUGAUGUUGAAGCUCGUUUAAAAGAUCCAUCAAUAUUUUCUAAUCGUGGUGGUAUUUUAUUAAAAACAGAAAAAGAGAAAAAACGUCUAUUGAAAGAAGUGGAACGUACUGAAAAAGAGGCAAUAUCAGCUAUUGAACAAUAUGAAUUGAAAAGUUCAUCACAUUUUCUCUUAUCUAAUGGUAAAACAUUUACUGAACAUAUUAAUGAAAGAUGGAAUAAUUAUAAAACACUUAAAGAUACAUCAAAAUCACGUCGUUCAAUUGUUCCAACCACUAGUAAUAAUAGUAAUUCAACUAUCAGUAAUAAUACUACCGGUAAUACAACACGUCCAACUUCAGCUAAUCUAACAGGAUCACCUGUAGCUCACAUUUAGUACUUAUUUCAUUGAAUGGAAAACACUAAGUUUUCAGUUUUUCCCAUUUCGUUGUACAUACACAC